AUGUUAUCAUCGAGAGCGACCCCGGAGAGUUCUGUCUCCCCUUACGCUAAGCGUGAAACCCCCUCCACCCCUCCAUCGGAGAGCUUUGCUCCCAACAACUCCAAAUAUUACAAUGACCACCUCAACAAGUCGCAGUUCAACCUCAUUCUUACGAACUGCGCUGUUAACUUGAUGAAGAUGCUUUACCCGGCCUCUGUUGUCCAGGUGGAUGACGUCAAGCUCAGAUUCUUCAUCAUCGAGAUCUUGCGGAGAUCCAAGGCUCUGACUCAGACUUUGCAGAUUUGCUGUUUUUACAUGUACAAGCUUAUCAACAAGAAGCCCGAGGAGUUGCCCAAUUGCCCCAAAAAGUUGUUCUUGGCUUUGAUCAUCCUUCUGUCCAAGUUCAACCAGGACCACAACUACUCCUUUAAACUGUGGCUCAAGAUCUGUGGGUGCAAAGGAACGGACGACUCGAGCUUGAAUCUCCAGAAAUUGCGUCAGACGGAAACACAAUGUCUCCAGCUUCUCAACUACGACCUCUACAUCAACGGGGCUAAGUACGAGAACUGGUGCAAUGUGCUUUUGAUUUUUGGCUACGACUUUAUUCUGAUGCAUCAUGUGCAUCUGGGAAUGCUUAACUGGUGUAGCGAAGCCGACAAUCAAAAGAAGCUUUUCCGUUGGACCCUGUUCUUACACAAAAUGGACGAGCGCCGCCUUGGAAAAGUGAGUGUGAACUUCAAACACUAUUAUGCUGGCCAGGUGGGCACUAAAGUUGUCACCAGCGAUGUUAAGCCUAAUUCGCUCUUUGGCAAGCGUUCCUUAGACGACGCUGCUCCUUCUAUUAAAAGAGUCUGCUCCUAA